AAUGUGUGCCCUAUAUGGCAGGUGUUCCUAAUGUUUUGGCCAGUUCUUUUGCUCAGCACUGGUCAGUGUGAUUUGCAUGCUUUGCAUUUGCAUGUGUGUGUGUGUGUGUGUCAUAGGUGUACCGCCAUUCACUUUAAGCUACAGGUUAACACUGCAGCUCUUCAGACAGACUGAGAGAGGACAGCUCCUCUCAUCAUUUGUAAGCUCCCCAGAUUUCUCUCUGUAGAGAGCAUUGCCAGGGACUGUUACUUUGGGCUUUUACAUUCUAUAGGUUCCUGAAUGUAAUUUCAUUUGAAAAAAGCUGUUAAGUUAUCGAGCUGACACAAAGCUGUCCAACCUUUUCAGGUUAAGGAUAAUCUGUCAUAAAUUGUGCAAUUCAAUUACUUCUACCAAGGAGCCCAGAUCUUCUCAGCAGCAAGGACUCUGUCUGUGUGCCUGUCUGCUGGUCACUCUGCUUGACCGCUCGCUCGCCGGGAUGGAGAAGAGCCUGGUGGUCAUCCUUCUGCUCGCAGGGCUCUGUGAAGACACUUCCUGCCAGACCAGAAAAUACAUUGCAGUGCAAACUAGAAAGAACUGGACUGAAGCUGGUAGAUACUGCAGAGAGAAGCACACAGACCUGGUGACUGUGCGCAGUCUGGAAGAAAACAAGCAGAUUCAGUUUGUGGCUUUGGCUGUAUCGGGAUUCAACCAGUUCUGGCUCGAACUGCAUCGGGAACGUGAGAACUGGCAGUGGUCCAAUGGAGAUGCUGUCAGCUACACUAACUGGACGGCUGGUAGUGGGGCACUCUACUGUGCUACAGCCGAUGCAGGAGGCAGCUGGGGCCAGUCAGUCUGUCAUGAUCAGAAACCUUUCCUGUGUUACAACGAAACCAGCAACAUCACUGAGAGAUACACUCUGAUCAGCACAAUGAAAACCUGGGCUGAAGCUCGACAGUACUGUAGAGAACACCACACCGACCUGGUCAGUAUAAAGAGCGCCAGUGAAAAUGAAGAAAUAAAGAAGAAAGCGCCGACCAGUCCCUUCUGGAUCGGCCUGUUCAAUGAUCCCUGGAAGUGGACUGAUGGGGGGAACUCAACAUUUCAAAACUGGGGCGUUAGUGAACCAAACAACGUGUUGGGCAAUGAGAAUUGCGUUUUAAUGUAUUCCCUUAACAAUGGUAAAUGGGAGGAUUGGCCUUGCAGCUUUGAGUUCUGCUUCAUUUGCUAUGAAGAAUCAAAUCCCACAACCAAAGCACCGGAAACUACUGCAGAACCAUCAACAGAAACCACAGAACGAUUAACUGAAACCCAGAGCUCUCCUGAACCAGGGAAAGGCAGGUGGCAGGUUGUGAGGACUGAGAUAAAGGCACCAGAGGGACAGGACCCUGAAGACCCAAAGAUCAGAGAUGCCAUUUUAACUGAGCUUCAAGAGCGCUUCUCCAAGGACACCCCGAAGGAAGGCAUGAUGCUGCGCUGGAUAAAGAAGGACGGGAAGAUUUUCCACAAGCUGGAGGAGAAGGAGGAGGAGAAGGAGGAGACGGAGACGUGCUCCAAACCCUGAGAUAGCACAGCCUGGCCAGCACCUCAAUUUCAUUGGCUUUAGACUAGACCUGCUUUUAGAUUAUCAAGCUUGCUUUUAAGAGAUAUUUUACACCUGCAUUGUCUGAGUGAUUCAUUUCGUAUAUCUGUUUGAUAUGACAGUAGUAUUCUCUACCGUUCUCUAUUUCAGUUACUGCUCAGAUUCCUCCAGAACUAUCCAACCUUCAAUGGAGCUGAAUUUACAAUGACUGAAAUAAACCCAAAUUCAGUGACAAAA